CUCUCAGUAAGAGAGAGAGAGAGAGAGAGAUGCUGUGAGAGUUGUUGUGUUUCUCCGCAGCGUCGAUGAGCAGCAGAAGUUGGUGAUCUCCAUUCUAACUGAAUGGAUUGGCAUGGGGAGAAGCGGAACUUUCAACUCGGCAAAGCUGCAGCUUUUUAACCGGAUUUCGCUUGUAAUGGUUUCCCUGUCCCUGUUGCUCCAGCCAGCGUGCUGUCAAUCAUGUCGGAUCCAGCGUUGUAACGCAGAAUAUGUGGCAUCGUUCUCACCUGCCACCGGCCUUCAGGAGGAUGUGGUGUCAGAUGUGGACUACUGCACGGCUCUAAGGGCAUACUCUUUGUGCACCAGGCGAACGUCUCGUGGCUGCAGAGGGGACCUUGUUUACCAUUCGGCUGUGUUUCGAAUCAAGGAGCUAUUUGCUCAACACAACUGCUCCAGCGAGGGGCCCACAUCUUCAGUCAAAGCUCCAAGCACAUCCAAGCCCACUGCAGUGGACACAUGUGACUUUGAGAGCAGAGUGCUGGCUUCAGGCCUAGGGGACGCACAGAAGAAAAAGUAUGCACACUGUGGACUAUUUGGGGAUCCUCACUUGCGCACUUUCAAAGAUGAGUUUCAGACAUGCAGGGUGGAGGGCGCAUGGCCGCUCAUUCACAAUCGCUACCUUUCCGUUCAGGUCACGAACGUGCCUGUUGUAGAGGGAUCAAGUGCCACAGCAACCAACAAGAUCACAGUCAUAUUCAAAGCGUACCGUGACUGCACUGAGCAGAAGGUGUACCAGGCCACAACGGAUGAUGUACCCUCCGCCUUCCAGGAUGGCACACGCAGCGGGGGCCAUGCAGGUAGCCUGCGCAUAACUGAGGGCAGCGGACACGGCGGUGUGCGCCAGGUCACCAUCAACGCUCGCUAUUUAGGCACAUCCAUCAUUGUGCGAAGGGUUGGCCGCUACCUCACCUUUGCCAUCCGUGUUCCCGAAGACAUGGUGGAGGAGAGUGGUGGCUUACAGCUCUGCCUGCAUGGCUGCCCACGCAGUGAGCUUAUCAACGCUCACGUGCUAAGCCGAGGACAGCGGCAGAGUGAUGGACAGCUACAGCCGGGCAGCAUGGGUCACGCCGACCUGCUCGAGCGUGCCACCUCCAGAUGCAGAGAAACGCUACAGGUUGAAGACGUUUAUUUCCAGUCAUGCGUUUUUGACGUCCUCACCACCGGAGACGUGCAGUUCUCUAUGGCAGCGUUCGCAGCGCUGCAAGACCUGAAGGCUCUUCCUCCCAGCACGCUGGAGCAGAAUGCAGUUAGGACUCCCCACGUUUCUAACAGAGCGAGAGAGAGCUCUCCAUCACUCCUUGUCAUCUCUCUGCUCCUAUUGCUCAUCCUGCUGAAGAGGCCGGGUUAGCAGAGACACAAGGGGAAAAAAACGUAUUUGACUGAACUUCUGUUUUAAAGCUCUUUUGAAUCAUCUUUCUUGGAUUUGUCAGAAGCACUCCAAUCAUUUUUCCUCACACUACCACAUUAAACCCAAAAGUGCAACACAGCGGUCAUUAAAACUCUCAUUGCUUUCCGUAAUGGAAUUAUGUCGCAAUACAUCUCAGUACCUUGAAGAAGGCAGUACAGUCUGUGAAGGCUGAGGGCAGCUAUUCAAAUCUAAUUAGCAUGGACAUUAUGUGUAACAACCCCAGCAAUGCUUACUCGUGAUCCUGGAGAAUAUUCAGAGAAUAUAGAUGCAUCAUGGACAUGGCUCUGGGACUGGUAGAUAACGAUAUCUCUCAGUCUUCUUGGCAUGAACAUGGCACUUAAUGCUACUCCUUUGUAAUAAAUGCAUUAACAACAUGGGAUCCAACAACUAAAUGAAAAUACUACCUAUCCAUAUAGUCCUACAGGUACAGUAUAAAACACAUGGUACAAAACAGGCUACAGGUACAGCAGAAAUCAGUAAGUCCCCGAGCCACUCUGCUUUCCGCAUUACUGUUUAUGGCUAAGAAACAAAUUCUUUAUAUAAUAAUAUAUUGAACGUGUGUAUAUAUGUGUGUAUAAUGUGUACAUUCUCCUGUGUAUAGAUGAUUGUAAAUGUGAUGUUUUUGCAGCUGUUUUUCUUAGAUUUUUUUUAAAACUGUCAGAAGUAACUAAUAUGUAACCCCUGGUCUUUUCCAUAUUAAAAUAAGUUGUCACACUAUCCUGA